CGUACUAGAAAUAACGGUAUACAGGCAAAUAACAGCACUGUGCAGGGCAGUCAGCACAGGGCGUGCAAUCAUCCGACCUUCAAUGAUACAAACUGAGUUGUUGCAAAUAAUUUAUGGUGUUCUAGAAUGGCAACCCCUCUACCUCCUUGCGUGAUAGAUUGUGGGACUGGAUACACCAAGAUUGGAUAUGCUGGAAACACGGAGCCGCAGUUUAUCAUGCCCUCCUGCAUUGCUAUACGGGAGUCAGCCGGCGUUGGAGACCAGGCACAGAGGCGACUCGUGAAGGGAGUGGAUGACUUAGAUUUCUUCAUUGGAGAUGAAGCUAUUGAUAAGCCCAACUAUGCCACUAAGUGGCCUAUCAGACAUGGAAUGGUAGAGGACUGGGAUUUGAUGGAGAAGUUCAUGGAACAGAUCAUAUUCAAGUAUCUUCGGGCUGAGCCUGAAGAUCACAGCUUCCUCAUGACAGAGCCUCCGUUGAACUCCCCAGAGAAUAGAGAGUAUCUGGCUGAGAUCAUGUUUGAGACCUUCAACGUCCCUGGCCUGUACAUCGCAGUUCAGGCAGUUCUGGCCCUGGCAGCGUCAUGGACAUCCAGACAGGUGGGCGAGCGCACGCUGACAGGCAUUGUGAUCGACAGCGGAGAUGGGGUUACCCAUGCCAUACCCGUGGCUGAAGGCUAUGUCAUCGGGAGCUGUAUAAAGCACAUUCCCAUAGCAGGUCGAGACAUCACCUUGUUCAUCCAGCAGCUCCUCAGAGAGCGAGAGGUGGGCAUCCCUCCUGAGCAGUCCAUGGAGACAGCCAAGGCCAUCAAGGAGAGAUACUGCUACAUUUGUCCAGAUAUCGUGAAGGAAUUCACUAAAUAUGACACAGACCCUGGCAAAUGGAUCAAGCAGUACAAAGGCAUCAAUGGCAUUAGCAAAUCCGAAUUUCAGAUAGACGUUGGAUAUGAACGCUUCCUUGGUCCAGAAAUAUUUUUUCACCCAGAGUUUGCCAACCCAGAUUUCAUGCAGCCCAUUUCUGAUAUAGUGGAUGAGGUAAUAAUGAACUGUCCAAUAGAUGUCAGAAGACCUCUAUACAAGAAUAUCGUCCUGUCUGGCGGUUCCACCAUGUUCAGAGACUUUGGCAGGCGAAUGCAGAGGGACCUGAAGCGUUCGGUAGACGCCCGGCUCAAACUGAGCGAGGAGCUCAGCGGGGGACGGAUAAAGCCCAAGCCCAUGGAGGUGCAGGUGGUGACACAUCACAUGCAGCGCUACGCCGUCUGGUUCGGGGGGUCCAUGCUCGCCUCUACGCCUGAGUUCUUACAGGUUUGCCACUCGAAAAAAGACUACGAUGAGUAUGGACCCAGCAUUUGCCGCCACAACCCAGUCUUUGGCAUCAUGUCCUAACCGGUACCUGCCGUGGUCCCUGGCCGGGAAAUCAAUGCGUCAUUACCUUUGUUCUUUUAACCAUAGCACUCUAACUGCAGUAUAUUGUACGAUCAGUAUAGGCUACUUAGAAGUAAUGUGAAGAACCGAAGUAAUUGAAUUAGACACAGACUUGAUAUUGUGCACAAACGGGGAUUGUUCUUUAUUCUCAUAGCGGCUUCAUUACAGACAAUUUUAUAGAGUUAAACAACAACAAAUAUGAACAGCAAUGCUUUUUGUUGAAGCCAUGAACUGAAGACUGUUUAAUUGCAUCAGAUUGAUUUGUUUCACUGUAAUGUAUUGUAAGAAAGCACCCGCAGUAACUUCUGGAGCUGCCCAAAUUCUCCAAUACCCAUUGAAAGACAGGAAUACUUUGAAAAUGUAAAUACAAUAUAUUGAUAUAAAUAUAAUAUUCAAAAGUGUGUAUACAUUUGUAUUGAAUAUCGUUUAUCAGAACAGGUGGUUAUGGAACAGCUGUAGACAAUGGGAUGUACUACUGACUCGAAAUAGAGUGACGUCAAAGAAGAGAGAUUUAGUUUUAUUAAAUCCCAAAUUAUUUAUUGAAUUAUUUUUCUCAGCUACAAAAAAAUCUAUCUAAAGUAUAUAAUAAAACUAUUUAUCAUUGUGUAUUGGAAAGUUAUUUCCAUAGUGGACUUUGCUCUCUAAAAAAAUACAACUGACAACUGCUGUUUGUGGCUAAUGUGAAUAAAAUCACUUGUUGGCACCUUUAA